AUGAUCUCAGCAUCACCGCUGCACACAGCAGGCUUCGUGCCAGCAUUCAAUUCAACCGCGUCAGCGCAUCACCCAUUCACCUCUAGCGCUGCUGGGAGCAAGUCAUUGCUCGCAUCACUCCCCCAACGGCACCGCGAGCGUCCUCCUUUCUCCCUCAAUUCCGGACCCAGCAGAUUCUCUGGAAAGCUCACGCCUCGAACACGAACAGUUACACUAACGCACUUCUUCUCCGCUCCGGACGCUCGCUCCGCGACUCGUCCCAGCGGGGUACAGCUCCGAGUGAGCGCGCGUGACGUUGACAGUAGCAGAUUCGUGGACGAGGGGAGGGAGGGACGGUUAACGUCGGACUCUGAGAGAGAAGACGAGCCUGAAAAGGACGCAAGGGAGGAUACUGCUGCGCCCGGUAAAGAUUCUGGGAGUGAUGUGAGUCAGGGAGAGAGAAGCCGUGAAAGCCGGGAAGGUCCGAGGCAGAGUUACAGAAGCGAGUGGAGGGGCACAGAUAGGGACGGAAACGUGACAGAACGUGGAAGGGAGGGGACUGAGAGCAGGGAUAGAAGGGCUAAAUACGUUCGGAACAGCGGGCGCUGGGAAUGGAUUCCGGCGGGACGCGAUCGACGCGCCAGCGUGCAUGUCAACGUGCCAGUCGCCAACAGCAGCGGCAGGAGCAGCAGCGGCAGCGGUAGCGGCACUGCCUACCGCAGCGGCGGGCGUCGAAGAAGCGGCGGAAGUUCCAGCUCGGAAAGUGAGGGGGAAGAGGACCAGGGGAAUGCGCAGAGCGGGCGCAGGGCGUGGGUGGGACCUGGCGGAAGGGAGGAUGGCGCGGGGGGGAGAUCGAGAGGCAAUGGGCGCGGACUGGCGCUUGCGCGGUCUGUAGUGAUCGACCUUCUGGCGCGGAGCAAGGAGAGUGUGGAGGACGUGGUGUCGCCGGUGCUGUCGCGAUUGACCGCCGCGACGCUGUGGGAUCAUAUCCUACGGGAUUUAGAGCACAGGGGAAACAAAAGACGCGCGUACGAGGUCUUCGAGUACUUGCUCCUAGGGAAGGAGCACCACGGAGUGACCCUCUCCCCGCAGCUCUUCUCCACCGUCAUCACCAUGCUGGGCCGCGACGGCAAGCUGGCGCACGCGCGCGCGGCGUUCGACGCGAUGGCGGCGCACGGCGUGGCGCGCGGCGUGCACGAGUUCACGUCGCUGCUGAGCGGGUACGCGCGGCACGGGCUGAUCCGCGAGGCGGUGGACGUGCUGGCGCUGAUGAAGGAGGAGGGGUGCGAGCCGAACGUGGUCACGUACAACGCGCUCAUUCACGCGCACGCGAAGCAGGGCUCGGGAGUUGAUAAGGUGACGGCAUUGUUUGACGAGAUGACAGCGAGGGGAGUGGAGCCGGACGCCAUCACGUACAACACGCUGAUCAACGUGUGUGUGCGCUGCCGGGACGUGGAGCGAGCGCUGACCGUCUUCAACACCAUGCGCCAAGCCGGCUUCUCCCCCAACGUCAUCACGUACACCAGUCUCGUGGACGGGCUGGGCAAGACCGGGCGGGUGAAAGAAGCGGCAGAGUUGUUCGAGGAGAUGAAGCACUGCGGGCAGGACCCCAACAGCCGCACGUACAACUCGCUCAUCCGCGCGUAUGGCGAGGCAGGCCUGUAUGACGAAGCCACCAGCCUCUUCCAGGAGAUGGAGCGAGCAGGGUGCAUGCCGGAUGCGUUCACGUACAACACGAUGAUCAACUUCUAUGGCCGGGACGGGCAGGUGGACGAAGCAGAGGGUGUGUUGCAGCAGAUGCGCACCCAGGGGUGCAUCCCGGACAGGGUGACAUACAACACGCUCAUGGACGCAUACGCCAAGGCAGGCCACCCGGAGAAGGCGCAGCACGUGCUGGCAGUGAUGCGCAGUGCGGGCGUGGCCCCGGACCUCUACACGUUUAACAUCCUGCUGGAGGCUGCUUCCAAGACCCGCACCAUCGAGGACGCGGAUAGAAUCUAUGAGGAGAUCAGUCGCAGUGGACUGCGCCCCAACCUGGUGACGUUCACAGCGAUGAUCAACGCGUAUGGCCGCAUGGGCCGGCACGAGGAGGCACAGGAGGUGUGGCGGGAUAUGCGGGCAGCAGGCUGUGUGCCAGGAGGGCAGGCGUACACAGGGCUCAUCAAUGCCUAUGCACGCCAUGGGAUGUAUGAGGAGGCUCAACAGGAAGCGCAACGUGUAUUCGAUGAGGCGUGCCGGGUGGGCAUAGACCCGGACGUGCGCACGUACACGCAGCUCAUGGAUGCAUACGGCCGCGCUGAGUCCCGGCUCUCUCUCAUGCAGCGCGCCGGCUUCGUCCCUGAUGCACUCGCUUACGCCGUGCUCGUUCGCACGUUCGUGGUCGUGGAUAAAUCUAAACUGGCUCUUUCCCCUCUCCUCGUGUCCCUUUCCCCUUUCCCGUUCUCCUUUCCCUUUUUUCCCCCCUCCCCUGUUUCCCUUCCCCAGGAGGCGCAACGUGUAUUCGAUGAGGCGUGCCGGGUGGGCAUAGACCCGGACGUGCGCACGUACACGCAGCUCAUGGAUGCAUACGGCCGCGCUGAGUCCCGGCUCUCUCUCAUGCAGCGCGCCGGCUUCGUCCCUGAUGCACUCGCUUACGCCGUGCUCGUUCGCACGUUCGUGGUCGUGGAUAAAUCUAAACUGGCUCUUUCCCCUCUCCUCGUGUCCCUUUCCCCUUUCCCGUUCUCCUUUCCCUUUUUUCCCCCCUCCCCUGUUUCCCUUCCCCAGGAGGCGCAACGUGUAUUCGAUGAGGCGUGCCGGGUGGGCAUAGACCCGGACGUGCGCACGUACACGCAGCUCAUGGAUGCAUACGGCCGCGCUGAGUCCCGGCUCUCUCUCAUGCAGCGCGCCGGCUUCGUCCCUGAUGCACUCGCUUACGCCGUGCUCGUUCGCACGUUCGUGGUCGUGGAUAAAUCUAAACUGGCUCUUUCCCCUCUCCUCGUGUCCCUUUCCCCUUUCCCGUUCUCCUUUCCCUUUUUUCCCCCCUCCCCUGUUUCCCUUCCCCAGGAGGCGCAACGUGUAUUCGAUGAGGCGUGCCGGGUGGGCAUAGACCCGGACGUGCGCACGUACACGCAGCUCAUGGAUGCAUACGGCCGCGCUGAGUCCCGGCUCUCUCUCAUGCAGCGCGCCGGCUUCGUCCCUGAUGCACUCGCUUACGCCGUGCUCGUUCGCACGUUCGUGGUCGUGGAUAAAUCUAAACUGGCUCUUUCCCCUCUCCUCGUGUCCCUUUCCCCUUUCCCGUUCUCCUUUCCCUUUUUUCCCCCCUCCCCUGUUUCCCUUCCCCAGGAGGCGCAACGUGUAUUCGAUGAGGCGUGCCGGGUGGGCAUAGACCCGGACGUGCGCACGUACACGCAGCUCAUGGAUGCAUACGGCCGCGCUGAGUCCCGGCUCUCUCUCAUGCAGCGCGCCGGCUUCGUCCCUGAUGCACUCGCUUACGCCGUGCUCGUUCGCACGUUCGUGGUCGUGGAUAAAUCUAAACUGGCUCUUUCCCCUCUCCUCGUGUCCCUUUCCCCUUUCCCGUUCUCCUUUCCCUUUUUUCCCCCCUCCCCUGUUUCCCUUCCCCAGGAGGCGCAACGUGUAUUCGAUGAGGCGUGCCGGGUGGGCAUAGACCCGGACGUGCGCACGUACACGCAGCUCAUGGAUGCAUACGGCCGCGCUGAGUCCCGGCUCUCUCUCAUGCAGCGCGCCGGCUUCGUCCCUGAUGCACUCGCUUACGCCGUGCUCGUUCGCACGUUCGUGGUCGUGGAUAAAUCUAAACUGGCUCUUUCCCCUCUCCUCGUGUCCCUUUCCCCUUUCCCGUUCUCCUUUCCCUUUUUUCCCCCCUCCCCUGUUUCCCUUCCCCAGGAGGCGCAACGUGUAUUCGAUGAGGCGUGCCGGGUGGGCAUAGACCCGGACGUGCGCACGUACACGCAGCUCAUGGAUGCAUACGGCCGCGCUGAGUCCCGGCUCUCUCUCAUGCAGCGCGCCGGCUUCGUCCCUGAUGCACUCGCUUACGCCGUGCUCGUUCGCACGUUCGUGGUCGUGGAUAAAUCUAAACUGGCUCUUUCCCCUCUCCUCGUGUCCCUUUCCCCUUUCCCGUUCUCCUUUCCCUUUUUUCCCCCCUCCCCUGUUUCCCUUCCCCAGGAGGCGCAACGUGUAUUCGAUGAGGCGUGCCGGGUGGGCAUAGACCCGGACGUGCGCACGUACACGCAGCUCAUGGAUGCAUACGGCCGCGCUGAGUCCCGGCUCUCUCUCAUGCAGCGCGCCGGCUUCGUCCCUGAUGCACUCGCUUACGCCGUGCUCGUUCGCACGUUCGUGGUCGUGGAUAAAUCUAAACUGGCUCUUUCCCCUCUCCUCGUGUCCCUUUCCCCUUUCCCGUUCUCCUUUCCCUUUUUUCCCCCCUCCCCUGUUUCCCUUCCCCAGGAGGCGCAACGUGUAUUCGAUGAGGCGUGCCGGGUGGGCAUAGACCCGGACGUGCGCACGUACACGCAGCUCAUGGAUGCAUACGGCCGCGCUGAGUCCCGGCUCUCUCUCAUGCAGCGCGCCGGCUUCGUCCCUGAUGCACUCGCUUACGCCGUGCUCGUUCGCACGUUCGUGGUCGUGGAUAAAUCUAAACUGGCUCUUUCCCCUCUCCUCGUGUCCCUUUCCCCUUUCCCGUUCUCCUUUCCCUUUUUUCCCCCCUCCCCUGUUUCCCUUCCCCAGGAGGCGCAACGUGUAUUCGAUGAGGCGUGCCGGGUGGGCAUAGACCCGGACGUGCGCACGUACACGCAGCUCAUGGAUGCAUACGGCCGCGCUGAGUCCCGGCUCUCUCUCAUGCAGCGCGCCGGCUUCGUCCCUGAUGCACUCGCUUACGCCGUGCUCGUUCGCACGUUCGUGGUCGUGGAUAAAUCUAAACUGGCUCUUUCCCCUCUCCUCGUGUCCCUUUCCCCUUUCCCGUUCUCCUUUCCCUUUUUUCCCCCCUCCCCUGUUUCCCUUCCCCAGGAGGCGCAACGUGUAUUCGAUGAGGCGUGCCGGGUGGGCAUAGACCCGGACGUGCGCACGUACACGCAGCUCAUGGAUGCAUACGGCCGCGCUGAGUCCCGGCUCUCUCUCAUGCAGCGCGCCGGCUUCGUCCCUGAUGCACUCGCUUACGCCGUGCUCGUUCGCACGUUCGUGGUCGUGGAUAAAUCUAAACUGGCUCUUUCCCCUCUCCUCGUGUCCCUUUCCCCUUUCCCGUUCUCCUUUCCCUUUUUUCCCCCCUCCCCUGUUUCCCUUCCCCAGGAGGCGCAACGUGUAUUCGAUGAGGCGUGCCGGGUGGGCAUAGACCCGGACGUGCGCACGUACACGCAGCUCAUGGAUGCAUACGGCCGCGCUGAGUCCCGGCUCUCUCUCAUGCAGCGCGCCGGCUUCGUCCCUGAUGCACUCGCUUACGCCGUGCUCGUUCGCACGUUCGUGGUCGUGGAUAAAUCUAAACUGGCUCUUUCCCCUCUCCUCGUGUCCCUUUCCCCUUUCCCGUUCUCCUUUCCCUUUUUUCCCCCCUCCCCUGUUUCCCUUCCCCAGGAGGCGCAACGUGUAUUCGAUGAGGCGUGCCGGGUGGGCAUAGACCCGGACGUGCGCACGUACACGCAGCUCAUGGAUGCAUACGGCCGCGCUGAGUCCCGGCUCUCUCUCAUGCAGCGCGCCGGCUUCGUCCCUGAUGCACUCGCUUACGCCGUGCUCGUUCGCACGUUCGUGGUCGUGGAUAAAUCUAAACUGGCUCUUUCCCCUCUCCUCGUGUCCCUUUCCCCUUUCCCGUUCUCCUUUCCCUUUUUUCCCCCCUCCCCUGUUUCCCUUCCCCAGGAGGCGCAACGUGUAUUCGAUGAGGCGUGCCGGGUGGGCAUAGACCCGGACGUGCGCACGUACACGCAGCUCAUGGAUGCAUACGGCCGCGCUGAGUCCCGGCUCUCUCUCAUGCAGCGCGCCGGCUUCGUCCCUGAUGCACUCGCUUACGCCGUGCUCGUUCGCACGUUCGUGGUCGUGGAUAAAUCUAAACUGGCUCUUUCCCCUCUCCUCGUGUCCCUUUCCCCUUUCCCGUUCUCCUUUCCCUUUUUUCCCCCCUCCCCUGUUUCCCUUCCCCAGGAGGCGCAACGUGUAUUCGAUGAGGCGUGCCGGGUGGGCAUAGACCCGGACGUGCGCACGUACACGCAGCUCAUGGAUGCAUACGGCCGCGCUGAGUCCCGGCUCUCUCUCAUGCAGCGCGCCGGCUUCGUCCCUGAUGCACUCGCUUACGCCGUGCUCGUUCGCACGUUCGUGGUCGUGGAUAAAUCUAAACUGGCUCUUUCCCCUCUCCUCGUGUCCCUUUCCCCUUUCCCGUUCUCCUUUCCCUUUUUUCCCCCCUCCCCUGUUUCCCUUCCCCAGGAGGCGCAACGUGUAUUCGAUGAGGCGUGCCGGGUGGGCAUAGACCCGGACGUGCGCACGUACACGCAGCUCAUGGAUGCAUACGGCCGCGCUGAGUCCCGGCUCUCUCUCAUGCAGCGCGCCGGCUUCGUCCCUGAUGCACUCGCUUACGCCGUGCUCGUUCGCACGUUCGUGGUCGUGGAUAAAUCUAAACUGGCUCUUUCCCCUCUCCUCGUGUCCCUUUCCCCUUUCCCGUUCUCCUUUCCCUUUUUUCCCCCCUCCCCUGUUUCCCUUCCCCAGGAGGCGCAACGUGUAUUCGAUGAGGCGUGCCGGGUGGGCAUAGACCCGGACGUGCGCACGUACACGCAGCUCAUGGAUGCAUACGGCCGCGCUGAGUCCCGGCUCUCUCUCAUGCAGCGCGCCGGCUUCGUCCCUGAUGCACUCGCUUACGCCGUGCUCGUUCGCACGUUCGUGGUCGUGGAUAAAUCUAAACUGGCUCUUUCCCCUCUCCUCGUGUCCCUUUCCCCUUUCCCGUUCUCCUUUCCCUUUUUUCCCCCCUCCCCUGUUUCCCUUCCCCAGGAGGCGCAACGUGUAUUCGAUGAGGCGUGCCGGGUGGGCAUAGACCCGGACGUGCGCACGUACACGCAGCUCAUGGAUGCAUACGGCCGCGCUGAGUCCCGGCUCUCUCUCAUGCAGCGCGCCGGCUUCGUCCCUGAUGCACUCGCUUACGCCGUGCUCGUUCGCACGUUCGUGGUCGUGGAUAAAUCUAAACUGGCUCUUUCCCCUCUCCUCGUGUCCCUUUCCCCUUUCCCGUUCUCCUUUCCCUUUUUUCCCCCCUCCCCUGUUUCCCUUCCCCAGGAGGCGCAACGUGUAUUCGAUGAGGCGUGCCGGGUGGGCAUAGACCCGGACGUGCGCACGUACACGCAGCUCAUGGAUGCAUACGGCCGCGCUGAGUCCCGGCUCUCUCUCAUGCAGCGCGCCGGCUUCGUCCCUGAUGCACUCGCUUACGCCGUGCUCGUUCGCACGUUCGUGGUCGUGGAUAAAUCUAAACUGGCUCUUUCCCCUCUCCUCGUGUCCCUUUCCCCUUUCCCGUUCUCCUUUCCCUUUUUUCCCCCCUCCCCUGUUUCCCUUCCCCAGGAGGCGCAACGUGUAUUCGAUGAGGCGUGCCGGGUGGGCAUAGACCCGGACGUGCGCACGUACACGCAGCUCAUGGAUGCAUACGGCCGCGCUGAGUCCCGGCUCUCUCUCAUGCAGCGCGCCGGCUUCGUCCCUGAUGCACUCGCUUACGCCGUGCUCGUUCGCACGUUCGUGGUCGUGGAUAAAUCUAAACUGGCUCUUUCCCCUCUCCUCGUGUCCCUUUCCCCUUUCCCGUUCUCCUUUCCCUUUUUUCCCCCCUCCCCUGUUUCCCUUCCCCAGGAGGCGCAACGUGUAUUCGAUGAGGCGUGCCGGGUGGGCAUAGACCCGGACGUGCGCACGUACACGCAGCUCAUGGAUGCAUACGGCCGCGCUGAGUCCCGGCUCUCUCUCAUGCAGCGCGCCGGCUUCGUCCCUGAUGCACUCGCUUACGCCGUGCUCGUUCGCACGUUCGUGGUCGUGGAUAAAUCUAAACUGGCUCUUUCCCCUCUCCUCGUGUCCCUUUCCCCUUUCCCGUUCUCCUUUCCCUUUUUUCCCCCCUCCCCUGUUUCCCUUCCCCAGGAGGCGCAACGUGUAUUCGAUGAGGCGUGCCGGGUGGGCAUAGACCCGGACGUGCGCACGUACACGCAGCUCAUGGAUGCAUACGGCCGCGCUGAGUCCCGGCUCUCUCUCAUGCAGCGCGCCGGCUUCGUCCCUGAUGCACUCGCUUACGCCGUGCUCGUUCGCACGUUCGUGGUCGUGGAUAAAUCUAAACUGGCUCUUUCCCCUCUCCUCGUGUCCCUUUCCCCUUUCCCGUUCUCCUUUCCCUUUUUUCCCCCCUCCCCUGUUUCCCUUCCCCAGGAGGCGCAACGUGUAUUCGAUGAGGCGUGCCGGGUGGGCAUAGACCCGGACGUGCGCACGUACACGCAGCUCAUGGAUGCAUACGGCCGCGCUGAGUCCCGGCUCUCUCUCAUGCAGCGCGCCGGCUUCGUCCCUGAUGCACUCGCUUACGCCGUGCUCGUUCGCACGUUCGUGGUCGUGGAUAAAUCUAAACUGGCUCUUUCCCCUCUCCUCGUGUCCCUUUCCCCUUUCCCGUUCUCCUUUCCCUUUUUUCCCCCCUCCCCUGUUUCCCUUCCCCAGGAGGCGCAACGUGUGUUCGAUGAGGCGUGCCGGGUGGGCAUAGACCCGGACGUGCGCACGUACACGCAGCUCAUGGAUGCAUACGGCCGCGCUGAGUCCCGGCUCUCUCUCAUGCAGCGCGCCGGCUUCGUCCCUGAUGCACUCGCUUACGCCGUGCUCGUUCGCACGUUCGUGGUCGUGGAUAAAUCUAAACUGGCUCUUUCCCCUCUCCUCGUGUCCCUUUCCCCUUUCCCGUUCUCCUUUCCCUUUUUUCCCCCCUCCCCUGUUUCCCUUCCCCAGGAGGCGCAACGUGUGUUCGAUGAGGCGUGCCGGGUGGGCAUAGACCCGGACGUGCGCACGUACACGCAGCUCAUGGAUGCAUACGGCCGGCUCUUUACCCCCUCCCCGUGCCCCGUUCCCCUUUCCCCUUUCCCCUGUCCCCUCCACCAGGAGGCGCAACGUGUGUUCGAUGAGGCGUGCCGGGUGGGAAUAGACCCGGACGUGCGCACGUACACACAGCUCAUGGACGCAUACGGCCGCGCCGGCCAGUACCGCCGCGCCGAGUCGCUGCUCUCUCUCAUGCAGCGCGCCGGCUUCGUUCCCGAUGCGCUCGCUUACGCCGUGCUCGUCCGCGCAUUCGCCGUCGCCGAUCGGUUCGAGCUUGCUCUCGGUUACUUUGAGCAUGUGUUGAGGGACGCGAGCCCGGAGAGUCCCCUGUGCCAGCAGCUUAUAUCGGACUUUGGGUCGCUUUAUACAGCGUAUAAGGGGAAGAAGUUGGAUGUGGUGCAGAGAAGUGGUUCGACUGGCGGCAGCAGCGGUGGUGUGAACGGGGGUGUUUUGCCAGUGCAGAGUACAGGCAGCAGUGGCAGUGGGAUAGGAGGUGCUGUUGGGAGUAUGGCAAGACCGGUGCUCCCUGAAGGGGGUGGGUUGGGGAGAGGAUGA